CAAUGAAGAUCUUUCUCUGCUCAUCAACAUUUCUUCACCAAAACUACAGAGUGCUCCUUUGAAUGAAAUGAAUAAUGAUGUGAUAAAAGGUUAAACACUUUAUGAAUAGCAGAUAGAUUGUGUAUACAGUUUGACAGUGUCUUACAGUGUGCUAUCAAACAUCUGUUUGCUGUCCAUUCAGCAGUUCUGAACACUUCAUGGGGCCAUUAAGCAUUUAGUACUGGUGAUAAAUGCUCAAUAUGGGGGCUAAAGUAAAAAGUUGGCCAAAAGGCUUUAAGACAUGUUCACUCUUUAUCAACAAUUUUAUGAUCAGACAGGUGAGAAGAAUGGUUGACUGGUUCAGAUGUCCUGUCCUGAGAGUCUUUAAUCUAGUGAUGGUACAAAUAUUCUUCAGCUUCAUUCAGUGUUAGAAAUACUAUUAUCAAGAUUCUGCUGAUCUUUAUCUUUUUAACAUGUUUUUUUAAUUUCAUUUUUAUGAGAAUACCUCAGUUCACCCCAGUGGAUGCCGUUGCUAAAGAGUACAUUCAGCCUAUUUCUGCUUUUGUGUGAUUUAAUAAUUGUCCCAUGAAAAAGCUGAAUUAUACAAGAUAGUUUUAAGUGAGAAACUCAUCCCAGUGCUGCCCUUUUGGAAGAAUUUCACAUACUCUACCUAGAAAUCAGCAGCGGUGAACUGAUCGCAAAGGCUUUAUACUGUAUAUAUGGAUAUAUUUGUGAGUGUGUGUGUGUGUGUGUGUGUGUGUGUGUCUACAACACACCACAUCCCAAUAAAUUAAUAUGAAAUGUAAUAAACAAUAACUUGAUUAUCGCCACUGCUUGUACACGCAAACUGAAGGUGGGACAGCUGGGAGGCAGUUGUGACUUCUGACCACUAGGUGGCGCCCUCGCACCGCUGCUGCAGCAGAGGAAGAGGAGCCGCAGCGCCGCAGCAUGACGGAAAAAAUCCAUGAAUGGACUGAACACGCCAGAGGACAGGGACGAACAAGUCUGAUAUCUGUGAAGAAGUGGAGAGGGAACUUUGUGAGAAGUGCUUGAGAUGACAAAAGAAGGGAUUUUUUUUUUUUUUUUUUUACGGACAAAUGUAUCAAACACAAACAUAUGACACUAAACUCUAACAUUAAAUGUUCUUUGUGGAUUAAUUAUUUAUUACAUCAUUACGACCACUACUACUGCUGCAGCACGUAAUAAUAAUCAUAUAGUCGCAGUCUAGAUGAUUGCACCAGUCGUGAUCAUUGCAGUAAUAAACAUAUUUAAUGACUGAUGUUCAAUGAGCAGUUUGAGAGUUGCUCCAGGUGUUUACAGCAGCUGGCUCACCAGGACACACUUCAUUCAACGUGUUUACAUUUUUACUUUUAAUUAUGACGUGCGACCACUCUCUGCAAAUGCGUCUCGUUUAUCGCAGCAGUGCUGCUCAGGCUGCUGUGGAGAUGCUGCUGCUUAUGCGCGGUGGAGAGAGAGAGAGACAGAGAGAGAGAGCCAGCACAGUUCUGAACGCAACUUUCUAUAAAUCGUGUUUAACACUAACAAAUGUUUUUUUUUUGUCUUGAGCGACCCGAGGAUCCAUUUGGAGGGAAGCGGUUUGGAGAUGAAUUAAGAAGUUACAUGUAAACAUGAGAAGAGGCUGUCAAACUGUGCAUCUGCACUGUCAAGAUUUUCAUUAUUCUGGAUUAAAUGUGUGUUCUCAGCCAUAAAGAAUAAACAUCAUGAACUACUCAAAAGAGCUCAGUGCUGCUGGGUGUUCACCUGCAGCCCACAGCAGGUGGGUGCGCUCACAGCACUUGCUAGAGUGAGCUGAAGGCCUGCGAUGGCAAAGAUGGCUGCUGCCCUUUGCCACGCCCACUUCUGUCUUACUAUUAUAUGUUUUUUCCUGAAAUAAAGCUUAAAAAUAUGUUUGGACACACUGUCUGCAUGUAGAGUGGCCGCAGUGCACGCGUGGCCGCUGAUGUAAAGCGGAUUUCGGGGUUUAAGUUGCGCACAAGAGGCACCCAAUGCUGUAGUGCUUAAUGAGGGGGUGUGAUGCUCAGAUAUUGCAAAAGGAGGAUAAAAUUAAUAAAAGCAGAAAAGGACGUUGUGGAGUCCCACAGGUCUUCUCCAGGGAGACUCUCUUCAUCUCUGCCCAUCAUGUCUGAUAAGCCGAGGGUGUACCAGGGCGUCCGAGUGAAGACCACAGUAAAGGAGCUGCUGCAGAGGCACAGAGCCCGGGAGGCCAGCAGUAAAAAAGUGAAAACGAUAACCCAGGCCUGCCUGGAGCUUCAGGAUCUUUACGCGUCUACUUUUCCAAGCUGUCUGGACCCUCCUACUGCCAUUCCCCCAGCGGACGCGAGCAGCUGUGGCGCGAGAGCCCAGCACGUGCGCUUCGCCUCGUUCCCCUGCGCUGACGGCUCGUGCAGCAUCCCGACUCAGGAGAGCAGCUUUCACGACAUCCAGCCGCAGUUCGGGGACUUGAUGUUGCCGAGCAACAGCUACAGCGGCAGCAGCAACAACACCAGCGGCGGCGUCGGCAGCGGCGGAUACAGCACCUCCCUGCCUCCACCUGCCGCCCUGCCGCUGCCCCUGUGCCAUGGACUCUCCUCUGAUGCGGACUACUAUGGGAUGGCUCCCUGCUCCUCACCGGAGUCACUGAAGUUCUGCAACCAAGUGGAUCACAACAGCUACUCGCCACAGGACUCUUUUUCCUCGUCCUCGUCCUCCUGCUACGACUCACCCACCCGGAUGCAGUCCAGCUACCACAGCUUCCCCUCAGAGCACUUCCACUAUCAGCACUGCAACCUCCAGGACUGUUACUGCCUGCCCCACUGUUGGCCGGGCCAGCAGGAGAGCUUCUCUGCCCCCGAAUAUGCACCUUACUAUAACCCCACAGACUAUCCGUACGCCUGUCCCGUGGAAGAGAACUAUUUCAAAAGGGAUUUGCAGAUGGGCUCCGAAAUGUGUUACAACAUACUAUGAUGAGACCGUCAGCAGUAAUGUGUUGCCCACUGUCUGUAAAUAUAUUUUCACGUGAGGCUGUUGUCCCACUUUGCAUCUCAGUGUGUGCUCUGACCUGCUCUUAUUUUUGGUGGAGUGAAUAUGAUGAAUGCUGAAUGGACUGAAAAAAAAGGCAGAUAUUUUUGUAUCCAUUACUUUUUGUUACCGCCUAGAUUUAUUUUCAUACACGUAAGUUGUUGCUGAACUUAAUAAAAACUUGUUAAACUCA